AUGGGGGCACGGGGGCACAGGGGCACAGGGGAACGGGGAACGGGGAACGGGGGCACAGGGGCACAGGGGAACGGGGGAACAGGGGAACAGGGGAACAGGGGCACAGGGGAACAGGGGAACGGGGGCACAGGGGAACGGGGGCACAGGGGAACGGGGAACGGGGGCACAGGGGAACAGGGGAACAGGGGAACAGGGGCACAGGGGAACGGGGGCACGGGGGCACAGGGGAACGGGGGCACAGGGGCACAGGGGAACGGGGGCACGGGGGAACGGGGGCACAGGGGAACGGGGGCACGGGGGAACGGGGGAACGGGGGCACAGGGGAACGGGGGAACGGGGGAACGGGGGAACAGGGGAACGGGGGAACGGGGGAACAGGGGAACGGGGGAACAGGGGAACGGGGGCAUGGGGGAACAGGGGAACAGGGGAACGGGGGAACAGGGGAACAGGGGAACGGGGGCACAGGGGAACGGGGGCACUGGGGCACGGGGGAACAGGGGAACGGGGGAACAGGGGAACGGGGGCAUGGGGGAACGGGGGAACGGGGGAACGGGGGCACGGGGGAACAGGGGAACGGGGGGAACAGGGGAACGGGGGCAUGGGGGAACAGGGGAACGGGGGAACGGGGGCACGGGGGAACGGGGGAACGGGGGAACAGGGGCACAGGGGAACAGGGGAACGGGGGCACGGGGGCACGGGGGCACUGGGGCACGGGGGAACAGGGGAACGGGGGAACGGGGGAACAGGGGAACGGGGGCACAGGGGAACGGGGGCACAGGGGAACGGGGGAACGGGGGCACGGGGGAACAGGGGCACGGGGGAACAGGGGAACGGGGGAACAGGGGCACGGGGGAACAGGGGAACGGGGGAACGGGGGCACGGGGGAACGGGGGAACAGGGGAACGGGGGCAUGGGGGAAUGGGGGAACGGGGGAACGGGGGCACUGGGGCACGGGGGAACAGGGGAACGAGGGAACAGGGGAACGGGGGCACAGGGGAACGGGGGCACAGGGGAACGGGGGAACAGGGGAACGGGGGCACUGGGGCACGGGGGAACAGGGGCACAGGGGCACAGGGGAACGGGGCACAGGGGCACAGCGGAACAGGGGCACGGGGGAACGGGGGCACAGGGCAGCGGGGGCACAGGGGAACGGGGGCACAGGGGCACAGGGGCACAGGGGAACAGGGGCACAGGGGCACAGGGGAACGGGGGCACAGUGGCACGGGGGACCGGGGGCACAGGGGCACGGGGGCACAGGGGAACGGGGGCACAGGGGAACGGGGGCACAGGGGAACGGGGGCACUGGGGCACUGGGGCACGGGGGAACGGGGGAACAGGGGCACAGGGGCACAGGGGAACGGGGGCACAGGGGCACUGGGGCACGGGGGAACGGGGGAACAGGGGCACAGGGGCACAGGGGAACGGGGGCACAGGGGCACGGGGGAACGGGGGCACAGGGGCACGGGGGAACGGGGGCACAGGGGCACGGGGGAAGGGGGGCACGGGGGAACGGGGAACAGGGGAACAGGGGAACAGGGGCACAGGGGAACAGGGGAA